AUGCAGCCGGCGGAGAAAGCCUCCUACAAGGUCACCCGGGGUGAAGCUGCGUCCCAGCAGCCCAGGGCCAACGGCCCGGACCCAGACUCCGCUUUCUUGCUCACCUGCCCACUCCGGACCCACGCUUACCCCGACGAUGAGUGGGACCAGAGUGCUAUUGGGAGCUACUACGAGCUGUUCGCGGCCGCACUGGGCAACCUGGAAUGGUUGCGCUUCUGUCUGAGUCGGGACCGUGACAAAAUUCCGGCAGAUGACAAGGGCUUCACUGCCAUCCACUCUGCAGCCCAGAGUGGCAAGCUUACGUGCCUGCAGGUCUUGGUAGAGGAGUACAAGUUUCCCGUGGACCUGCCCACCAACAAUGGCCAGACACCCCUGCACCUGGUCAUCCACGGGGACAACAAGACCAUGACCCUCCCCUGCAUUCACUAUCUACUUAAACAAGGGGCGGCCCUCAACACUCAGACAUGCAAUGGCUCCACACCCCUCCAUCUGGCAGCCUGCAAGGGCCUGCUGAGCUGCGUGAAGGUGCUGGUGCAAAAUGGCGCCAAUGUCCAUGCCCGAGAUGCCACGGGCUGCAAGCCCAUCGACUACUGCAAAAUAUGGAACCACCGCGACUGUGCCCGGUUCUUGAAGGAUGCCAUGUGGAAACGGGACAAGAAGGACUUUGCUCGUGAGAUGGGGAAACUGAAGAGGCUCAAGGACCAGCUGGCCUUCAUGGAACAAGACUACCUGACUGAGUAUCAAAAAGAGCACCAAAUUCUGAGAGAAGCUGAUUUCAAGAAGUGGCUCCAUCGCAAGCAGCUGCUUCAAGGCCAAUCCCUGAUCCCCAACGCCAAGCAAGCACCUUGUGCCCCACCCCAGGCGAUUGCCAUCCCCCAGACCCCCAAGCACCAGGGGCCUCGAAAGAGUUUCUACCCCUCCCCAGAGGCACGCCUGCGGCAGACAUCAACACCCAAGCUGCAGUCCUUGGGGACACCCACACCCAUCUACACGCAGCCCAUGGUCAGGCGGCCCAAGUGGUGGAAUGUUAGCAACAAUCCUGCCAGAUGGCCCACCACCCAGAUCGGCUACCCACAGGGCAUCCGCCUGGGUGUGCAUCCAGACCCCAGCCCGGAGCGCGACUUCCACAGCUUCCUUAAGGCGAGGUCUGACCGGCACGGCGGGGCACAGCUGUGCACGGUGGCCGGCAACCGGGUGGCACCUGUGCCCCAGCUGCCUUUCAAGGUGCUAGUCCAAGAGCUGUACCCUUCAGUGCGGCCACGCAGGAUGAAAGUGCCCCAGGGCUUUUGCCCUGUCAGCAUAAGGCACGUGCCCCGGAAGCGGCUCUCGGGUGACAACUUCUGGACUGACGCUCUGGCCAUGAACCUGCGUGAGACAUUUGAUGAAGCCUUCCUGGCAGCUGUGCAAGCCCAUCAAGGGCUCCCCACUCUGCCCUCCCCCAAAAGCCCCCCAUAA